CAUAUAAUAAUCUCUUCGGAGCUCAUCAAUGGCUGUCGUCGUCUCCUUCGUCUACUUUUUUCUGUUCUUUGCCAUUUCUUCUUCAUAAUGCUCCCAGAAGUUGUUGGCUUCGCGCCUACCAUUUCUGAACAUUCCGACCGCAGCUUCCACUCGUCUUCCCCUUCGAUUUUCUCUUCGUCUUCGAUUUCCGUCUACAAAUACUUCUGGGUCUCCUUCCUGAUCCUAUUCACCCACGAAUUUCGCCUCGUCAAUGCAGUUCAUCCCUUCCCGAACAUCCUCAUGCCGUCUCAGUUUGGUCUCGACUCGUCGGCUGUUGCGCCCUCGUGUACGGCAAUGGAUCCCAAGCUUAAUUACCAGCCGGUGAUCGGAAUCCUUAGCCAUCCCGGCGAUGGUGCCUCCGGAAGGUUGAGCAAUGCGACGAAUGCGUCCUAUAUCGCUGCCUCGUAUGUGAAGUUCGUCGAAUCCGCCGGAGCAAGAGUUAUUCCUCUUAUCUAUAACGAGCCGCUUGAAAUUCUUUUCGAGAAGCUCAAUUUGGUCAACGGGGUGCUCUUCACUGGAGGGUGGGCUAAAGAGGGUUUAUACUAUUCCGUUGCUGAGAAGAUUUUUAAGAAAAUUUUGGAGAGGAAUGAUGCUGGGGAUCAUUUCCCUUUACAUGCCGUUUGCUUGGGUUUUGAAAUCUUAAGCAUGAUCAUCAGCAAGGAUAGGAACAUUCUUGAAUCAUUUAACUCGUCAAAUAUGGCGUCCACUCUGGAUUUUGUGGACAAUGUAAAUAUUAAAGGAACAGUUUUCCAAAGAUUUCCACGUUAUUUACUCGAGAAGUUGAGUACAGAUUGUAUUGUAAUGCAAAACCAUCUUUAUGGUAUCUCACCAGGAAGGUUUGAGCAAAAUGCAGAAUUAUCCAGAUUUUUUGGGAUAUUGACAACUAGUAAUGAUGAAGACAAUAAGGUUUACGUCUCCACUGUACAUGCUCGGAAUUAUCCCGUGACUGCAUUUCAAUGGCAUCCCGAGAAAAAUGCCUUUGAGUGGGGUUCUUCCGUGAUUCCGCAUACGGAGAAUGCGAUUGAAGUGACGCAACAUGUUGCCAACCACUUUAUCAGUGAGGCCAGAAAAUCUUUGAACAGACCAUCUGCACAGAAGGUUCUUGACAGUCUCAUCUACAAUUAUAUUCCAACUUUUGGUGGCAAGGCUGGGAAGGGUUUUGAUGAAGUUUACAUAUUCACAUAGAAAACCUCCCCAGCCACCUGAUCUAAUAUGGAAUUUCUCACUUUGUUUCCCGGUCCCAAUGUUGUAGUGUCAGACGGCUGUCUCGUGAGAUUAAUUGAAGUACGAUUAAAAUAUAUAUGUAUGUAUAUAUAUAUAUAUAUAUAUAUAUAUGGAAUUUCCAUUUGUCUUGGGAUAUAUAUAUUUUUCUCUGAGAGAAUGUUAGUGGUACAUCUCUAAAACCAAAUGAACAAAUUAAUUU